AUGGCCAGUUACGACGAACCGAUGGCCCAAAAGUGCCGGCAGUGGUGCGAGUCGUCAAACAGUUGGAAAAAUAUGAGCGCAAUGGAGCGCGAGUGUAUGAUCGAGAGGCGCAGAACGGCAAUGCUCAUGGAGUGCUCGGAAAUGCUGCGGCGCGAUGGUACUCAAAAAUAUGGUCGCGAAGCUUUCAAGGUUUUGUUUCAAAAUGAGGUAUUUUUGGAAAAACUAUUUUUUCUCUUCGACCAAAACAGAGAUGGUUAUCUAAAACAAGACGAAUGGGUCGAAUUCCUGAAAGGCAGACUGACUACCGAAAAACAAAACGACUUUGUCGAUCAAAUCGAGAGUGUCACUUACGUACUCUGUGGUGAAGAAGCGGUCAAACACACAACAUUUCGCCAAAUAUUUCACACGAAAGGGAUUAUUGAGAAAUUAUUCAAGCUCAUCGAUGUGGAUUGCACAGGGAGUGUUACAUCCGAACAAAUAAUGGAAUUCAUUUCAUCGAUCAGCAGUUCUAGGUCGAGAUUAGGCUUUGACGAACGUAAUUUAGAAUGGUUGGAAAAAAUCUUCAAGCUGACCGUAGGUAAUGAAAAAGAAAUUAGAAGAGAGGAGUUCAAAAAAAUCGUCACAUCAAAAAAUCCAUUCUUUACCGAAAGGGUCUUCCAAAUAUUUGAUAAGGACAAUUCCGGUACGAUAUCGCUCCAAGAAUUUCUCGACGCUAUGCACCAGUUCAACGGAAAGACGAUAGACGAUAAAAUCAGAUUUCUCUUCAAGGUCUACGAUAUCGAUGGUGACGGUCUGAUCCAGCUACGAGAGCUUGAGCAUGUGCUGCGUGCCUGUAUGGAGGAAAACGGGAUGAGCUUUAGCAACGAGCAAAUCGAGGAGCUGACGAUAGCCUUGUUCGAAGACGCAGAUCAGGGCAGUCGAGGGGCAAUCACCUUCGAGGCUCUAAAAAGGCAGCUCGAGAAGCAUGACGGUCUCCUGGAAAACCUAACCAUUAGUAUAGACAGAUGGCUCGUGCCGCCAAAACCCGAAGAGCCGAAGCAAUCGUACAAAAAGUUCCUGUCCAAUUUGCGACCGUACCAAUUAACGAAGCCUUAUUUGAAGAAUAAUUACGUGAAAAUUGCCUUUAUCUCGACAUUCGUCUUAAUCAACUUCGCUCUUUUUGCCACAAGAGCCUACCAAUACAGACGUUCGAACGGUUACGUCAUUGUAGCGCGAGCUUGCGGCCAAUGUCUCAAUUUCGACUGCAUGUUCAUAUUGGUGUUGAUGCUGCGGCAGUGCAUCACCUUCCUAAGAACCCAUGGAUUUAGUUCUGUGUUGCCACUGGACAACCACAUAUACCUGCACAAAACGACCGGCGUGCUCAUCGGCAUACUGAGCUCUGUCCAUACGCUCAUGCAUUUACUCAAUUUCAGUACGAUCGUGAUCUACGACGAGCAUCUGAACAGCGCCAAUUACACGAUGUCCGAGUGGCUACUGACGAGCCGGCCAAAAGUGUUCGGGCUUGUGGCAGGUCUGGCGAAUCCGACCGGGGUCGCCUUGAUCGUUAUCCUAACAAUCAUGACCGUCUGCUCGAUGCCUUUCGUACGCCGAGGUGGCUGCUUCGAGGUAUUCUACUGGUCGCAUCUGCUUUACGUGCCCUUCUGGCUGCUGAUGAUAGUGCACGGGCCGAACUUCUGGAAGUGGUUCGUGGUGCCGGGGACGAUAUACGCGAUCGAAAGGACGCGCCGGCAGGCUUGGGUCAACGCUCAGAGGGGUAAGACUUACAUAAGCUCGGGUCUGCUGUUGCCUUCGAAGGUCACGCAUUUGGUGAUCAAGAGGCCGCCGCACUUUGAUUUCCGACCGGGGGACUACGUUUUCGUCAAUGUGCCCGUCAUUGCUAAGUACGAGUGGCAUCCGUUUACCAUCAGCAGCGCUCCUGAACAAGAAGAGUACAUGUGGCUGCACAUCAGAGCCGUCGGUGAGUGGACAAAUAGUCUUUACUCUUACUUCGAGAAGGAGCAACAAAAACUCCAUAGAGGGGAAAUUCUGCCCGUCGAAAAUUGCUCAUCGAGAAAAACACCAUGCAAGGUGGUAAAAAGCAUCCCAACUUUUCUUGAAAAGAAAUUCUCCACUGAUUCUUUGGAGGAUCCGCGAGGCUUGACUAAUCCAGUUUUCGUUCAGGACCACGAAAAACCCACUUCGUCGUCCAACCCUACCAUAAGCUCCCCAUCGUUUUCAAGCUCUACGGAGUUGAAUCCGACGUCUCAGAAAAUGUUAAAGGAAAAGAAAUUACACCAGCUUGUUUUGGGUAGCAAAAUACCUCUUGAAAAAUCGUUUUCGAUGCCGGAUAUGCAAACAAAAACUAAAAAACGUCAGAGAUUGAUGGUUCUUCGUGACUACAUGAGAUCUGAAUCAGAGAAAAGUUUCGACGAGUGCUCGAUUCGACGUGCCAGGCUGAAAUCCCUUGGCUUGGCAUACUUGAGCCCGCAAAAUAAGUCUUUAGCUCAGAGUUUCCGUUACAUGCGCACUAAACCCACAAUUAUUGCAUUCAAAACACCAAGUUUGGAAAACUGUGAGUUCGAAGCUCCUACGUCGGCUUCAGAAUCAACUAUCAAUGGAAAUGAACCAAAAACAGAUUCAUCAAACUUACCAGAAAUGAUUGCCGAAGAAGGGAGAGUUGGAUACAUGGGAAAUAAGAAGAGACCAAGUUGCUUUAGAGGUGUAAAGUGUGAGCCUUCUUGUCACGUGGCCAUGAAUUAUCCAGUUGGCAAGCCCCUUGAGAUUUAUCUGGAUGGACCAUAUGGUGCACCAUCGAGCCACAUAUUUCAAGCUCAGCAUGCCGUUCUGAUAGCCACAGGCAUAGGUGUUACACCUUUCGCGUCAUUACUUCAGUCCAUUAUGCAUCGCUAUUGGAACGCACGACAUACGUGUCCUAAAUGCUCAUUCUCUUGGUCCAGUGAACUGCCAGUCACUGUUAUGAAUCUCAGAAAGGUGGAUUUCUUCUGGAUAAACCGGGAUCAGCGUUCGUUCGAGUGGUUCGUCAAUUUGCUUUCACAGCUCGAGAUGGAGCAAGCCGAGCUUGGUGCAACAAUGGAACGAUUUCUGGAGAUGCACAUGUAUAUAACCAGCGCACUUCAAAAAAGCGACAUGAAGGCUGUUGGGCUACAGCUUGCCUUGGAUUUACUUCACGAAAAGGAGAAGCGAGAUCUCAUUACUGGACUAAAGACUCGAACAAACGCUGGUAGACCAAACUGGGACAAAGUUUUCAAGCAGCUGCAGGACCAAAAAAAAGGGAAGGUGACGGUCUUUUACUGUGGACCACCACAACUUGGUCGCAUCUUACGUUACAAAUGUGAUCAGUUUGGCUUUGGUUUCAGAAAAGAAUCAUUUUAA